UCAGUAUCGCUUCCAACCUAUCUUUAGGCGGGAGGAGUUUUAUCAGGCGGUGUUGGGGUUUUGCCUGAGACCACUCGCGAAGAAGUGGAAACCAUACGUCUGAGAAAUAAAGCGAUCGAGGAUAAGUACAAUAAGAAAUGCUGCGAUCAACAAAUAAAAACCAAAGUUUUACGUGUUUCUCAAAACGAGCAUAAACCUGGUCUGGCGAUUGUUGAAAAACUGUCUUAACUUGUAAUCACUGAAGAUGCUGUCAAUAUACGCCAACGUUGCAACUGUAUCUUUAUUUUUUGCGUGGUUUCAGUUUAUUGGAAAGUCAUUGUCAAUUCGACUAUGCAAAAAAUAUAUUCCAUCUCACUACGAACGAUUAUCUGAUGAAGACAAAAAGAGAUUGGCAAGCAGAAUGAUGUCUUCUCUUAACUCAACCUUUGUGGUUGUCAACGUGUCGGCUAUUCUUGUUCUAAAUUGGCAACGUAUACGCAGUGAUCCAUAUUGGGCUGACACUUUUGUCCGCGAACCGUACUGCUGCAUCAAUUUAGCUUAUUUUUUAUCAGACAUGAUCAACGAUCUGCGAGGAAAGCGAAACUUCAGUAAAAUAAUUUUCCUCAUUCAUCAUUCCAUGGUUCUAUCAGCUAUAUCUAUAGUUAUAUACUACAGAGUCUUCCUUUUCCACAUAUGUAUGAGAGGCUUGAAUGAACUUUCUACGCCUGUCCUGAAUCUCAGGUGGGUUUUGAAGAAAUUCGGCAUGGAAAAUGAAGGAAUUUAUGCUAUGACGGAAAUUGCGUUUGUUGUGACUUAUUUCUCAGGUCGUAUUGUUACAAUGCCAGUAUUCUACUGUACUAUACUUAUAACGAAAGAUACUGAGGGAUAUCAGAGGCUCAAUACACUAUGCAAAGUGAUAUUCUUUGGAUCAUCAGUUGUUAUAGACACACUCAUCAUAUACUGGUUCCUUCUGAUCUGCAAAAUGGUAUUUAACAAUGUCAAAGAACGUACUCAGCAGAUAAAAGGAAAAGAAGAAUAGCAAUGCGAUUUUUAAAUUGGAUUCAAUAAUUAUGUUAUCUCAAUAUCAACAAGGUCAUGCUAUAUUGGAGCAAAAUUGUAUUUUGGCCAGAAUCGUACGAGUUUAAUCUGUAUGCUGCGUUUAGUUUCGCUGAUUUCUGGCAACUUUACUGUUAGAUAAAAGCAGAGUUGUUAUGUGUCACGUACCACUAGGCAAAUAAAUAUACUCGAGAAGGUAGGAUUAAAAAGAGAGGCACUUUGGUUGUAUACUUCUAAAUAUAAUUCACGAAUCAUGAAGAUUGGCUCCCGUGGUUACAAACGUCUCCGAGUAACAUGGUACCAACAUAAUAUACUAGCUUACAUUCACCAGCAACAAUUGAUAUUUUAAACCCAAGCUUGCGGUCAUGUAGAUAGAUAGUUCAUUUUGAAAACUCCAUGAAACACACAAAUUUAAAAUGGAGAAUUCUGGAGAGCGAGCAAAAUCUUUCAAAAAGUUUAAAACAUGAGAAAUAUCACGUGAAAUUUCACCAGCACACAAACAAGAAAAAUACAAAAAAAAACACCAACCAAGUUAAACGAGGCUUGGGCCAGAAAUAAACAAACAUAAGAUACGCGAAUGUAUUGAACUUUCGGGCUGUUAUACUUUUAAAACACUCAAGCUAAUACAGUAAUAAUGACUAGUUUAGUCUGAUGCAGUAUAUCUGUAUAUGCCUUAAUUGUAAGUAAAAAGUAUAUAUAUGUCUUCAUUGUCUUGAAAGGGUAUAAAUUUAAUUUUUAAUCUUCUUGAAACUUACACUGAUACAGCAA